UGGCUAAAGGAGGGUCUUAGUUCCCACUGACUGAGACUUGCCUGUUCCCCUGGCCCCUGCACUCUCUGUUCUCCAGCAUGGCGUGUCUGUGUUUCCUGGGAGGCUCCUGGAUGAUGGCUCUGAUGUUGCUAUUGAUGCUGCUGAGCCCUCUCCUGACUUCGGGAAGGGACGUACCACCACAUUACAUGUACCAGUUUAAGCCCGAGUGUCAGUUCACCAACGGGACGGAGCGGGUGCGGUUCCUGGACAGAUAUUUCUACAACCGGGAAGAGUACGUGCGCUUCGACAGCGACGUGGGGGAGUACCGGCCGGUGACGGAGCUGGGGCGGCCCAAAGCCGAGUACUGGAACGGGCAGAAGGACCUCAUGGAGGACGCGCGGGCCGCAGUGGACACUUACUGCAGACACAACUACGGGGUAAAUGAGAGCUUCACGGUGCAGCGGCGAGUUGAGCCGACAGUGACCGUGUACCCCGCGAAGACCCAGCCCCUGCAGCACCACAACCUCCUGGUCUGCUCUGUGAAUGGUUUCUAUCCAGGCCUCAUUGAAGUCAAGUGGUUCCGGAACGGCCAGGAGGAGGAGGCUGGGGUCGUGUCCACAGGCCUGAUCCGUAAUGGAGACUGGACCUUCCAGACCCUGGUGAUGCUGGAAACAGUUCCUCAGAGUGGAGAGGUCUACACCUGCCACGUGGAGCAUCCAAGUCGCCCGAGCCCUAUCACCGUGGAGUGGAGGGCUCAGUCAGAAUCUGCACAGAGCAAGAUGCUGAGUGGAAUCGGGGGCUUUGUUCUGGGUCUGCUCUUCCUGGUGGUGGGGCUGUUCAUCUACUUCCGGAAUCAGAAAGGACACACUGGACUUCAGCCAACAGGACUCCUGAGCUGAAGUGGAGAUGCUGACACUCCAGGAAGAACCUUCUUUUCAAGCCUCUUCACAGAGUAAAAAUGUUUCCUGCUUGGCUCUUAUUCUUCCACAAACACAGUGCUUUUACCACACCUGGUUUGUCCUGGGUUCAGUGACCCUGCAGAACCCAUGCCCCCUGAUGGUCCUCUCCACCCCGUACUUGACCUGGAAGCCCCAGUACUGACUGCAGUACCUUAUCUUCAUUCUUCCCGGUCCCCUGUGAAUGCUGCCCUCACAGCCUCCCCUGUAUUAGAAUUCACCUUCUGCUCAUGUAUCUUUAUAAGCUUUUCUCAAAUAAACAUGGAGUGACAACCA